CUUCUUCAGUCACAAAACGCCUACCCAUGAAAACACCGGAGAGACCCUCAUAGGGAUUUGUGCCACAUUGCGGUGAUAGCCACUACAAUUUGAAGAGAAGUCCUUCAAAUUUUGGACGACAAGGGGUGCAGUGUGUGUGGGGGUAGAGCUGAUGAGGUGAAGAAAGCGAAAGGAAGCAUCUGUGGUUCGCCUGCUAUCUACUGGCCCUAAUUCUGAGAAACCCUGCUGCUUACUUUCUUCCCGUAUCACUUCAAGAGGUGGCUGGGCUCCCUCUGGGUGCAAGAAACACCAUGUGCCAAAACUGGAGAGGACUUACCCCUGCCCCAUAGUCUGCAAAACCUCUUGUGAACCGUCCCCUCUAGUCUGAGGACCCUCCUGAUCCUCCACAUUGCCCACUGGCCAAGAUGAAGAAGGUGGCAGCAUGGUCAGCAGAGGACGUCUCUGACUGGCUGAGCAAAGAGGGGAUGCCGGAGUACAUCGAUGCCCUCCGUCAGACGGACGGUCCUGGUCUGCUCAGGCUCAACGAGGCAUAUUUCCAGAUGCCUCCACUCUCGCUCGUGUCGUCUGAUGGCGGUCAGCAGCUGUUGGAGCGACUGGAGACGCUGCGGAUAGAGACUCAUAUCGAGGCUCACAAAAACGGCCAUGCAAACGGGCAUGCUGGCGGGCUACCUAAUGGAACUAGCAAGCCUCAGAGAAAUGGCACAUUGGGGAUGAAGGACUUCAGGAUGGAGAUGGUCCACAUCCCCAUCCCUACGAUAGAAACUACGCGCCCCUCGUUCCCUGUCGAGUGGGGUAAGACGGGCAUAGCGUUCGCCUAUGCGGUAGGUUGCUUUGUUACCACCACUAUCGUCAUUUCAGUGGUCCAUGAGAGAGUACCGCCAAAGGAGCACACCCCACCACUGCCUGAUAAAUUCUUCGACCUGUUUAACAGGGUGGAGUGGGCCUUCUCCAUCUGUGAGAUUAAUGGCAUGCUGCUAGUGGGACUCUGGCUGAUACAGUGGAUUUUACUCAAGCACAGGUCAAUUGUAGGCAGGCGAUUCUUUUUCAUUGUUGGCACACUCUAUCUGUACCGGUGUAUUACAAUGUACAUCACCACUCUGCCUGUUCCCGGGAUGCACUUCAAAUGCUCUCCAAAGCUUCUCGGGAACUGGGAGGCACAGAUGAGGAGAAUAAUGAAGAUGAUUGCCGGUGGGGGCCUAUCCAUCACAGGUUCCCACACCAUGUGUGGAGAUUAUCUGUAUAGUGGCCACACAGUCAUGUUAACGCUAACGUACCUCUUCAUCAAGGAGUAUUCCCCCAAGCGGUUCUGGUGGUACCACUGGUUUUGUUGGACCUUGAGCGCUGUAGGGAUUUUCUGCAUCCUUCUGGCCCAUGACCACUACACUGUGGAUGUGGUGGUUGCAUACUUUAUCACUACACGCCUCUUUUGGUGGUACCACACUAUGGCAAACCAGCAGUCACUGAAGGAGACGUCACAGAGUAACCCGUUCUCGCGGGUGUGGUGGUACAGACUGUUCCAAUUCUUUGAAGAGAACGUCAAUGGCACGGUCCCUCGUAACUAUCAGCUGCCGCUAUCAUGGCGAUCGUUGCAGUGGAGCCGCGGCGUGAAGUACAGCAAACUGGACAACCAGUGACACUUUUCAUGUCAGAGCCUUCGAGGACUAUGACUUCCAAAAGUGCUGUUUCUACGCGUGGAAGAUGGCACGGUUAAAUGUAGCGCUGUCCUUUCACUUCUAGGAAACAGACACACCCCUGUCCAAAUGGGUAGCACUGUGACCCACCUAGUAUUUUCUUUUGUGUGUAUAUAUGUAUGUAUGUGUGUGUAUAUAUGCACACGCAUAUAUACAUAUAUACAUAUAUAUAUAUAUUGUUUUCUCUUGUCCUCUUUCUCUUCCGGCAGUAUUUGCCAACACAGAGCACUAAUUUAUAUUUGUUUUGUGUCUAUUCCUCCUCGUGGGUCACACAACAGUUUAUGAAGCAUUUCGACAAACUACUAAAACUCAAAUAUAUUUUUGGCCACAAGGACUCAAACACUUUUCUUUUUCCCUCUGCACAAAACCAUAGUUAAUGUCUUCAUGUUCUUACAAGAGUUUUAGUGCAAAUGGUGUCAAUCAAAUGCUCAUUUGAUAACCAAAAUGCCAUAAGCAUGUUUUUCUUUUAUAGCAAAUUACUUUUUGUAAAUGGUCCUUGCUAAAAUGAGUCAAAAGGUGCAAAAAAUAAUUUUUUUAAGUAUGUCAAACUUUAUUUUUCAAAAACAAAUGAUGUCCAAGAAAAGAUUUUUAGAUUUUUACCUUUUUCAAGAUGGAUAACUGAGAGCAUAAGAAUCUAAUGUUAUUAUUAUUAACAUUAUUCCAGUGCCUUUCUUAGCUUGAUUGUAAAACAGUUCAAGUACUAUGUGUCUUGUGUCUCUCUGCCGCGGUGUGACCACUCCGUGGUACAAGGAGGUACUUAGUUAACAGUCUCGUUCCCAUGAAUGUAAACUACGCCAGCCUUACCAGAAAAUUGGUUUUCCCAAAAUUAAGUGCAGUGAGUGAUAUGUCCCGUUUAUUUAUUGAUGCUUUACAAUGUCAGUUUGUGCUUAGUUGGUUAAUGCUGUUCUAGCAGAAAAUAAUGACUGUUAAUUGUAUUUUUUAUUUUUUUUUAUGUCUGUAACAUUUCAUUUUUACCAAUCAGUCUUUAACCAACCCCCGCCAUGUUCAAAGUUCCAUCGUUGACGCUCAGUUGUAUGCUAGUUUUACUUUCCACCACUAGUUAUCUGCUAAAAAUCACUGCCUGAUUGGAAAACGGAGAAAAGGUGUCUCUGAGAUGCAUUGUUAAGUUAUUCUGGACGUCGACAUGUCGUGUGCAUCAUUGCAGCGUCUCUUGCUCGGAGAACAAGCCUCUCUCUUGUUCCCCACAUUGAGUCCCAUUCUGAAAUCAGAAUGAUCCUCAUUACUGUCUGGUCUUUUGAACCUUUUGGUGGUGAUGAGAUCUAGAGGAAUCGUUCAAUGUGAACAUGUGUGUUGAGUUUUAGGGAAUGUCAAAGUUGUGAAAACGGAAGCUUCAGGUAAAGUUUCUGAGCAUGUUUGUCAUGAAUCUCUACGUGUACUUUAUGUGGUAUGUCUCCCACUAAAUCGAGCUGCUACCUUCCAGUUUGAAGACUGCAGUAGCAAACACUCAACAUGGAACUUGUGCGUGGGCAAGAAGCUGAUGCAUGAUGCACAGAGCUGGUGAUAUAUUUGACCAUAUGUGUGCAGAAUAACAUUGAUUUCCAUGAAUGUGAAAAUGCGUCCUUAUUGAUAAUCCUAAUCAUGUUGACUGUUUUUUUUUGUGUGUGUGUUACAAUGACUGAACUGUAAAGAAUAAGUAUUGCACAAGUUCAUGUAUAGGGAAAGAUUGAACUCAUUUUGUAAAACUUUCAUUUCAAAUUAUACUGACAAAACUUUGAUUUAAGAGAAACUGCACUAAACUGUAGAUUAUACGAAUCCCAAAUAAAUAAUAAUAAUGUGAUACUUCUUUUAAAUAUUGUCAAAAGGAGGAGGUGAGAAAAUAUUAUUUCCAACUUAUGAAGCUAAUGCAUUACAAUGCCAACAAGAGUCUUAAUGUUUGAGACAAAUGACAGGCCUGCUCUCCUUCCUGUACAAUCAUUUAACUUUAACAGAGAACAGUUUCUCAGUUUUAAGAGCACAGCAGGUUCCUCACAUUCGGCUAUAUUUUGCUUUGAGAUAAUGUUUGAAGUAACGGUCCAAACCAGGCUCUCUUAUGUUGUCUGAGGGCUUUGAUAAAGAUGAGGGUUGGAGUUGUUUGUCUUCUAGUUUGCCAAUCAAAUUGUUUUUUUUUGUUUUUUUUAAACAUUUCUUAUCCUGUAAGUUCCUCUGUAAAACCUCUCACCUAUGUUGUCCCUUUUUGUGCGUAUACCAGAUGUUUGUAAGAUAUGAUAAAGGAUUGUACUUGGGACGCUUUUGAAUAAAACCUUUUACUAAAAUGUA